AAAAAAAGUAGUCAGCGCAAACACGCACCCAAAAACCAUCCUUUUUUAGAUGUGCGCUCUUAGGUGACAUUCAAGAUGCCUACGGUCGACGAUGGCUUCGAGGCUCUCCUGGAGCCAUUCUAUAAUGGCAAGAAGCUUACGGAUCCUAUUUCCACAAAGGAGGACAAGUUCCAGCUUCUGCCAGCCUUCUUGAAAGUCAAGGGUCUUGUCAAACAGCACAUUGAUUCCUACAACUUCUUCGUGGAGCAGGAGAUCAAGGAUAUCGUACGCGCCAAUCGAACCAUUCGAAGCGAAGUAGACAGCAAUUUUUGGCUAGAGUUCACAGAUAUUCGAGUAGACAGUCCUCGACGUCAAGAUUGGACAGACAACAAGUCACAUAGCGAAGUGACUCCCAUGGAGUGCCGCCUUCGAGACAUGACAUACGCCGCGCCAAUUUUUGUCGACAUACAGUAUAUCCGAGACAAGCAGCGGAUUGUGCGAAAGAAUGUGCCUCUUGGACGCAUGCCAGUCAUGCUCAAGAGCUCCAAGUGUCGUCUCGCCGGAGCCAACAAUACGCAGAUGGAGGAGAUGAACGAAUGCCCACUCGACCCUGGCGGUUACUUUAUUAUUGGUGGUACCGAGAAGGUCAUUUUGAUUCAGGAGCAACUGAGCAAGAACCGUAUCAUUGUUGAAGCCGACGAGAAGAACAACAUUAUUUCAGCAUCGGUCACCAGUUCCACACACGAACGGAAGUCGAAGACGUACGUUACUCUGAAGAAGGACAGAAUUCUCUUGACACACAACGUGCUGGUGGAAGGUAUCCCGAUCGUAAUCAUCCUGAAGGCUCUGGGAGGAUUGUCAGACAUGGAAAUUAUGCAGCUUGUUGCUGGAUCAGAUGGAAGAUACCAAGAUGAAUUCCUGGUAAACUUUGACGAGGCGACAAAGGCGGGCGUUUUCACUCAGCACCAAGCGCUGGAGUAUAUCGGAGCAAAGGUAAAGAUGGGUUCCCGUAGAGGCACAUUCGGUCCUCAAGUGCGCCGUAACCACGUCGAAGAAGGCCUCGAUGCCUUGGCCAACCUGGUCAUUGCCCAUGUGCCCAUUGAGGGACUGGAUUUCUACCCCAAGGCCAUCUAUGUGGCUCAGAUGACUCGAAGGGUUCUCAUUGCCGCCCACAACCCCAAGUUGGUUGACGACAGAGAUUUCGUGGGAAACAAACGACUUGAGCUGGCUGGUCAACUUCUCUCACUUUUGUUUGAAGAUUUAUUCAAGCAGUUCACAUCUGGAGUCAAGAUGUCGAUCGACAAGUUCCUGAAGAAAAACAACAGGGCAGUCCCUCUCGACGCGGUUCACAUGAUUAGCAACCACGCCAACAACAUUGGAUAUGGAAUCAACCGAGCCAUUCAGACUGGAAAUUGGACUGUCAAACGCUUUAAUAUGAACCGAGCAGGAGUCACUCACGUUCUCAGUCGGCUGAGUUAUAUCGCCGCUCUUGGUAUGAUGACCAGAAUAAGCAGUCAGUUCGAAAAGACCCGAAAGGUGUCUGGUCCUCGUGCACUUCAACCAUCGCAGUGGGGUAUGCUUUGUACUUCAGAUACACCUGAAGGUGAAGCAUGUGGUCUGGUGAAGAACUUGGCUUUGAUGACCCAUAUUACUACCAACGUUGAUGAAGAGCCUGUUAAACGGUGGAUCUUUACACUAGAUGCUGGUGUUGAACCUAUCCGCAAUUUCUCGGGUGCUGAGAUGCACCGUGAAGGAAGCUACAUUAUUCAUAUCAACGGUACUCCGUUCGCAUUAACUCGAUACCCAAAGCGAUUUGCGCAAAAGUUUAGAACUAUGCGACGGAGAGGUUGGAUCUCCCCUUUUGUUGGCAUCAACAUCAACACACACUUCAACGCCGUGCAUAUUGCCACCGAUGAAGGCCGUAUUUGUCGACCUUACAUCAUCGUUAAGAAUGGUAAGCAGAAGCUCAAGCCUGAGCAUCUGCGAUUACUUCAGAUGGGCAAAGCGACAUUUGACGACUUUCUGAACCGUGGAAUUGUGGAGUAUCUCGAUGUCAAUGAGGAGAACGAUGCCCUCAUCACCAUUUAUGAGGACCAAGUGACACAGAGUACCACUCACUUGGAAAUCGAACCCUUUACAGUCCUGGGAGCUGUCGCAGGAUUGAUUCCCUUCCCCCACCACAACCAAUCUCCUCGUAACACUUACCAAUGUGCUAUGGGUAAACAAGCCAUUGGUGCAAUCGCAUACAACCAGUUCAACCGUAUUGAUACUCUUCUGUAUACACUCGUAUACCCCCAACGGCCCAUGGUUAUUUCAAAGACCAUUCAACUUAUCGGUUACGACAAGCUUCCUGCAGGACAAAACGCCACCGUGGUUGUUAUGUCAUACUCAGGAUACGAUAUUGAAGAUGCUUUGGUUCUGAACAAAGCAUCGAUCGACAGAGGAUUUGGUCGUUGUCAGGUUUUCAGAAAGUACACGACGGAACUGCAGAAGUACCCCAACGGACGCAGAGAACGUAUCGGAGACCCUGAGAAUGAGGGCGAUGGCAAGAUUAAGCGCCGAAUCGCUAAGCACGAGGCCUUGGAUGACGAUGGUCUUGCAAUCGUUGGUUAUAAGGUAAAUAGUGGCGAGGCUAUGGUCAAGAAGGAGACACCGCUUGACCAGACAAGCACUGGCAUCGGACUGGACCGUGGACCUGCCGAGUUCCGCGACUCAUCAGUUUCGUACCGAAUCGCAGAUCCCGCAUAUAUCGACAAGGUCAUGAUUUCUCAGACAGAGAAGGAUACCACAGUAAUCAAGGUGCAGACAAGACAAACUCGACGCCCCGAAUUGGGUGACAAGUUCUCGUCUCGUCACGGUCAGAAGGGUGUCGUUGGUAUUAUUGUUGAACAAGAGGACUUGCCUUUCUCUGACAGUGGAUUGAGCCCCGACAUUAUCAUGAACCCCCACGGUUUCCCUUCUCGAAUGACAGUCGGCAAACUACUCGAGUGUCUAACGGGCAAGGCUUCUAUCGUCCACGGUCGUCCUGACUAUGGCUUUGGAGAUGCUUUCCGUUCUCAUCCAUUGGAGGAGAUGAGUCAGGUGCUUGUAGACCAUGGCUUCUCAUGGGAGGGCAAGGACUACUUCACAUCGGGUAUUACUGGAGAGCCACUGGAGGCAUAUGUCUUCAACGGACCUAUCUACUACCAGCGACUCAAGCACAUGGUGCAAGACAAGAUGCACUCUCGAUCUCGAGGUCCCCGAGCCAUCCUCACUCGCCAACCUACAGAAGGUCGUUCACGAGAUGGUGGUCUGCGCCUGGGAGAAAUGGAACGCGAUUGUUUGAUCGCCUACGGUGCUUCCCAGCUUCUUCUGGAGCGACUCAUGAUCAGCUCGGAUGGUACUGAGAUUGAUAUUUGCCAGCAGUGUGGUCUGUUCGGAUACAAGGGUUACUGCCACACAUGCAAGAGUACAAGGGAAGUUACCAAGAUGACGAUGCCGUAUGCAGCGAAGCUGCUUGUACAGGAGCUCAUCAGCAUGAAUGUUGGAGUGCGACUCCAGAUGGAUGACGAGUUUCCCCACCCCAGGUAAUUAGGGUUACAUGAUGGAUAUGCAUAGAAUGGAGUUUUGGAACUUGUAUACCUUACAUAUAGCAUAGUCAUUUAUGAGGCGGUUAGGUAGUCUAGAGGUAUUAUUUUGGUUGCUUCAGGUUUCUAUCUAUGCGCAUAUCUACAAUGAGUUUUAGCCUGUCGUGACUUUGAUAAUACAACUUUUGCCAAUGGCCGAUACACAACUUUA